AUGAUAAUAAAACUAGAAAAAAUAAUCAGCUGUUCCUCAGAACACCCUUCAUACCCAGCAUCAAACCUCCUGCACAAUCCGCCACCAGGACCAUGGAAGUGUGCGAAGCCCGGCGAGCGGCUGUCAACAGUGAUCUUCGAGCUUCCAGAGUCAUCAUGUAUAAUCGGCCUUGACAUAGGCAAUUACAGGUCCUGCGUAGUGAUAGUGGAUGCAUCAACCUCCCAGGAACCGGACAACUGGGUCCCGCUGGUGAAUCACCAGUUCAUGACCCACGAGGAGGCAGCCAACAGCAAGUUCAAGGACCAGGUCCAGUUGUUUACAAAAAAAGAGCUCAAGGCGGAAGCAAUCAAGACUAAAUUUGACAGGGUGAAAGUCACGUGCUUGCAGUCUGCUAAUUUAAGGGAGCUUUUUGGCCUGAGUUUCAUCACCCUGCGCACGGAAGUUAUUCUAGAUACAGGUAUAGACGUCUUUGGGAGGUUCAAGCUCAAGUCUGAGGACUCGAGUGAGAGUGAUUCAAUGCUAAAUUUCAAGGAACGGUUCAUGAAACUGCUGCCUGACAAGCAGAAGAGCUACAAAGACAGCUUGCUGGAGAAAAUGAAGGAAACUCGGCUGAGUAAUUUUAACAAGCGACAGGAGAGCGAAGAAAAAAAACCGAGGAAGAGGCCGCUGUUAAAAAAACUCGAGGCUGGUAAGAGCGACGAGGUUUUUGGUAAAAAAAAUAAUUCUGAGUCUAGUUCUGGUAAUUCUGAUAAUAGUAAUAACAGUAGUAUGUUUAGUAAUGUUAAUCAUAAUUAUGACAAUGGAAGGUUGACUGACGUUGCUAGGACGCCUUUUGGUGAUGUCAUCCCGCCUGAGGUGAAGAAAACUCCUAAGCAAGUAGUUGACAAGAAGAAGGUUGAUAGAGCUUUUACUUCAAAGGUUGAUGGGGGUAAAUUAGUCAGUAAAGAUAAGGCUAAGGAUAAGUGUAAUGUCUGUUCGAGAAGUCCUGAUGAAUUUUGCAAAGUUUGUAAGAAGUUACCUGCUCCGAAAACCGAUAAGUCUCCGCCAAGGAAGAAAGCUAAGGUUAAGGAAGUUAGGACUGUUAAGAAAGAGUUUUCUAAGCUGCUAGUUGAUGUCAGGUUCUCGUUAAGUGGGUAUGUUAAUCCUCAGCGGGAUGAAGUCAGGAGGAAAGCUCUGAAGAUGGGUGCUAAGUAUGUUGCUGAUCCUAAUACCACGGAUAAUAAAUGCACGCACUUGAUUUGUGCUUUUAAAAAUACGCCUAAGUAUCAGCAGCUUCAAGGACAUGCUAAAAUUGUUUCACAUGUUUUUAUUGAGGAGUGUUUUGAUCAUAAGAAAAGAUACCCUUGGAGACGUUACGCAUUAAGUGGUAAAGACAAAAAAGCUGAUGAAAGUGAAGAAGAAAUUGAAGGAUCAACUUCACCAGUAAGACCACCAAAUCCUUAUGAACAGGAAACUGAUUCUGAUACUGAUGAUGAUAAUAAUUAUUAA